AUGGGCACUGGAUCCAUUCUUGAAAGCAAGCCCUCGGUGGAAAACCGUGAGGCAGUUGAUGAUGCGAGCUCCAACCACAACAUCGAACGACAGCAGGUUCUGUCCGUUGGGCUCAACGAUGCUCUCACCAAGGAGCGCAUGUCGCCCUGGUCAUGGGCGAUGGUCCGUCUGUAUGGUCUUAUUGCUUUAACUACCCUGAACUGUUGUAUGAACGGAUUUGACGGUACCCUGAUGUCCUCCAUCAAUGCUAUGCCCACUUUUCAUGAGCACUUCGGCACCCGCAUGCAAGGUAGUGGCACUGGUAUACUCUUUUCCAUUUAUGCCAUAGGCAACCUGGCGGGCGCGGUGGUUGCUGCACCCGCCGCAGAUACCUUUGGUCGGCGCUUUGGCAUGUUCACCGGCUCACUGAUCAUCAUUGUGGGAACAAUACUGGAAGCCUCCGCCCCCAAGGUAGCCCAGUUCAUUGGUGGGCGGUUUUUGAUCGGAAUGGGCAUCAGUAUAUCGAACACCUCAGCGCCGAUUUAUCUCGUGGAGAUUGCUCUUCCCCAGUGGCGUGGAAUUUUCGGAGGGUUGUACAACGUCGUGGGAUAUUAUACAGGGGCAUUAGCCUGCACGUGGAUUGCUUAUGGAACUGGGUUCAUGGAAACCAACUGGUCAUGGAGACUCCCGGUUGUUAUCCAGGCUGCUCCUUCGGUCAUCGUCUUGGCGGUGGCGUUUUUCAUGCCCGAGAGUCCUCGGUGGCUCUUUGCCAACAAUAGACCUGAAGAGGCCCGCCAGAUUCUGAUAAAAUAUCAUGGUAAUGGUAACCCAGAAUCUGCACUUGUUGCCCAUGAAUGCCGUGAAAUUGAGGAAGGUAUUCGCUUCGAGGUAGAGACAGGGGGCCGGCGAUGGUGGGACUACAAAGUCCUGUUCUCAUCUCGCGACAUGUUAUAUCGCCUUUGGCUCCUCUUCCUUGUUUGCGUCUUUUCGCAAUUUAUUGGCGGAUCCGUCAUUACAUACUUCAUGCCGGUCAUGCUCGAGAACGCUGGAAUCACUGGCGCCUCCCAGCAGCUGCUUCUUAAUGCUCUUAACACGGUAUUCUCCUUUAUUGGUGGCAUCUGUGGCAGCUGCUUCGUCGACCGCUGGGGCCGCCGCACUCUGUUCCUAUACGGCACCUUUAUCACGGGGCUAAUCUAUAUCCCCAUCAAUGUUAUCUCCUCUUACGAAUCAGAGCGUCUCAGUACCAGUAUGGGCUAUGGAUUCAUCGCUUGUAUUUUCCUCUACGGCAUCGUCUUCUCCUUCAGCUGGACCCCGCUGCAGUCACUCUAUCCUGCAGAGAUCCUCCCCAGCCGCGUCCGAGCCAAGGGGAUGGCUUUCCAGAACGUGGUGUACGGUGGCUCCAACUUCAUCAAUAUGUACGCUACCCCAACGGGGAUGGACAAUAUUGGUUGGCGGAUGUAUAUUAUCUUCCUGGUCUUGCAUUUCCUUGAAUACAUCUUCAUGUUCUUUACCCUUCCGGAAACCAAGGGCCGCACUAUCGAAGAGCUGGAAGAGCUGUUCCUCGAACGCAACCCCGUCAAGGCAUCCUUGAAAAAGAAAGAGGUGGUCGUCCGUGAGGGCAUGGGCGUCAAAGAGGUUGGCGAAUAG